AUCACAAGUGAAGUAAAUACUGCGUCGCGAUGAGUGGGAACUCGUCAGAAACCCUAACUAGCAUUUCUAAAUAUUCCUUUCAUUGGUACGAUUACGUAUUUUUUUGUGUCAUGUUGUUUAUAAGCGUUGCAAUUGGAGUAUAUUACGGUUUUCUUCGAAAGAAAAAUUUGACACCUACCGAAUAUAUGAUGGGCAACAAGGAUAUGAAAGGUCUGCCUGUGGCCAUUUCUAUAACGGCUUGUCAUAUUUCCGGCGUCAAUCUUCUCGGAGUCCCUGCUGAUGCAUAUCGCUUUGGUGGCAGCUAUUUGCUCGGCGUUAUUUCGAUGGUAUUUGUAAUAGCGAUCACUAUUUUUAUUUACGUACCUGUUUUCUUCGAACUGCAAAUUACGAGCAUUUAUGGAUAUUUGGAAAUGAGGUUUGAUAAAAAAACAAAAGCAGUGGUGUCUUUUUUGUACAUUUGUUGCGAACUGUUUUAUCUUCCAAUAGUGGUGUACGCUGCUGCUCUAACUCUUUCCGCGGCAACAGGUUUUACAACUAAUUUGCAGAUAAUUAUUGUUUGUUGUAUUUGUAUUUUCUAUACCAGUGUUGGUGGACUAAGAGCUGUCAUUUGGACUGAUAUUUUUCAAUUUCUCAUAUUUUUCACAGUUUUUUUAGUUGUUUUUGUGUUGGGAAUAAAAACUGAAGGGCUUUUGACGGUUUGGAACAAAACCUUAGAAAGCGGAAGACUUGAUAUUUUUAAUUUGGAUUUAGACCUUACGGACCGAAACAAUGUUUGGACAUCAGUAAUUGGAUUAACGUUUCAUUGGAUAGCUCUCAACAUUGUUAAUCAAGCAACAAUUCAGAAAAUUUUAACUGUUUCCAGCUUAACUCAAGCAAAAUUUACGGUGUUUUACUUCGAAUUCUUGUUUGUAAUGAUUAAAGUAAUUUGUGUUAUUCUUGGUUUUGUAAUAUAUACAAGGUACAGCAGUUGUGACCCUUUCACAACCAAGCAAGUCGAAAAAAAUGAUCAGUUGGUACCACACUAUGUUAUGGACAUUGCAGGAAAUACUGGUUUACCAGGGAUUUUUGUGUGUGGGAUUAUAAGUGCGGCGUUAAGUACUCUUUCAGCAAACGUGAACGCUAUGGCUGGAGUGAUAUAUCAAGAUUUUCUCAAAGAUUUGAUACCUAACGUGUCCGAACGGACAAAAUGCAAUAUCCUAAAAUUACUUGUUGUUGCUAUAGGUAUUUGGUGCAUGUGUAUAAGUUUUGUUAUAGUCCAUUCAGAGGGAAUUGUACUUUUACAACUAACUUCUAGCGCUGUCUACAGUGGACCAGUUUUAGGAAUCUUUACCCUCGGAGUUCUUUUUCCGAGAGUUAAUGCUAACGGAGCUUUCUACGGCGCCAUGGUUGGUUUUAUUACUAUUUUUUUAUUGGCAGUACCUUCCAAGUUUUUGCAAAGCCAAGGCAAAUUGAAAGUAAUACCAAAGCCUCUUUCCACCGAUCGAUGCAAUGUUUUAAACCACACUUUCAUUCCUACUUCGCCACUUGUUACGACGGAUUCAUACACAAUUUUUAAAAUUACACCUUUCUGUUAUACAUUCAUUGGCGCGAGUGUAACACUGAUUGUAGGACUAGUAAUCAGCUAUUUUACAAAAUGUGAGCAUCUUCCAAACGAAGCACUGUUAAGUCCAGUUACACGAUUUAUUUUGACGAGACGAGUCAGAAAAGCCGAAGCUUCAUACACUAAUGUUGAAGAAGCGUUAAAACAGUUACAACAAGCAGAAACAAAAGAUGUCGACUCUUAAACUAAGUGUUUGAUUUAAAAAUGUAAACAAAUGAAAAAGUGUCUUGCUUUCUUGUUGCGUCGGUCGCAAUCUGUAUGGUUGGUUAUCUAUCUUAAGCUAAUAUAUUGCAAGCGAUUUUUCUGUCUGUAAAUGUUAAUAAUAAUAAAUUAGUGCGUAUCAUAAGCGUUUCCAAAGGGGAAGAAGGGAGGUAGGCUACACAAUUUGUAGUGAUAUAAUGUAUACUGUAGUAUACUGCGAUAUAUUAUUAUUAAUAUUUAAUAACAUGAAUAUUUAACAAAGUAUAAUAAAAUGUGUCUUAUCCCUAAUACAUAGUA